GACCCGGGGCUCAGGUAGCUGCACGGCAGGAACCGGGCGGUUUCCAGACUCGGUGGCGCACAGUCUACGGCGGCCGCAGGGGGUGCUGCUCUACAGGGUGACAAGCAACUGCACCAAAUGUUGCAGCUAAUGAAUUUGCUGCCUUCUAAAAUGAGAAUCUUCUAUUCUGACCAUUUAACAGUUCAUCUAAGAAGAUGGCCUCUACAGAGUCCCUAAAUUUACAUAAUAGACUUGAAGAAUGUCCCUACUUUCACUGAUGGAUGAAGAUGAACCAGAGCAUUUUGAUGGGCUCUCUCUCUUGUACUGGACUAUUAUGGGACCUCAUGGAAUCAAUCGAGCUGUUCACCGCUUUACUUUUUCUGACUGUCAAAAUGGAUUAGGGGUUAAAAUUAUUGGAGGUUAUCGGGACCAAACUGAAGAAGACUAUGGAAUUUUCAUAAAGAAAAUUUUGCCGGGAGGGAUGGCUGCCAUAGAUAACCGAUUGCUCACUGGAGAUCUAAUUUUAGAUGUCAAUGGAGAAAACUUAGUUGGUGUAACCAGUGAAAGAGCUGUUGACAUUUUGCGAAUGGCAUCAGCGACUAAUCACAUGUCUUUGCUGAUUACUAGAGAUGAAGAAGCAAAGAAAGAAUUUCUAGACCUGAUGGAUAAAUAUGGAUCAUGCAGUAACACAGGCUCUGCAAGAUGUUCACCAACACAACUGCUAGCUGGAAAACCUGUUGACAGCCUUUCUUCUGGAUCAUCCUCAAAGUCACAAAGUCCUCAGCUUCUGCGUCCAAAGGAUAUUGUCAUCAGCUACAAUGGAAAUAAUUAUGUUACCACAACAUCCCCUCAACUCACAAAUGAUAGUGCAUUUCAGAUUAUCACUGUUUCCAAGGGAACAGGCCUGGGCUUGAACAUUGUGGGAGGAAUUAACAGAAAUGAAGGUCCCUUGGUAUAUAUUCAAGAAGUUAUCCCUGGAGGUGACUGUCAUAAGGAUGGACGACUGAAGCCUGGAGACCAGCUUGUAUCCAUAAACAAGGAGUCAAUGAUUGGAGUCUCCUAUGAAGAAGCAAAAAGUAUAAUCAACAGAACAAAGCUGAGAUCUGAAUCUGCCUGGGAGAUCGCUUUUAUCAGACAAAGAGUUUUUCCCAGUUACUUUGAAAAUCCUCAAAGUCCUGGCAGUCUCUUGACAUCUUCUGCUGGAUGUGGACAGCAACAGACACUACUCGCAUUUAAUCUUCUUUCACCUCCUAAUGAGAAUCCAGCUUCAAAGGUGCCCACACCCUACACUAUGAAAACAGGAUUUAAGAAAAGAGAACACUCUCCAAUUACUUCUGCAGACAGCAGCCCUGCUGAUGUGUCUGCUACUGCUGUUGCUUCCAGCUGGACUGAAGAUUAUGGACCUCAAGAAAGGAAGAUUUCUCUGAAGCCCACUGUUCGUCUCAAAGCAGAGAAACUGGAGAUGGCACUAAAUUAUCUUGGGAUUCAGCCCACAGACGAACAGCAACGAGUCCUAAGGCACCAACUACAGAAAGAUGCUAAAGGGACAGUGUCUUUUGGAGAUUUUGUUCAGGUUGCAAGAAAUCUGUUCUGUUUGCAGUUGGAUGAACCAGGUGGUGGCCAAAGACCUAUAACAUUUGGUGCCAGUGAAAUUGCCAAUUUAUUAGAUUCACAGCUUGUAUCCUGUGAUUCUUUGGAAAUGGAUGAUGUGGAAAGACUUAAAAGAGAAAGAAACGAAGCUUUAAAAGAAAUAAGUAAAUUGAAGGAAGAAUUGUGUGAAUCUGUAGGUCUACGAAAGCAGUUAACAGAGGAGCUACAAACUGUUAAACAAGAAGCCAAGGCAGCAGUGGAAGAGGCAAGAGCCCUGCGAAGUAGGAUUCAUCUUGCAGAAGCUGCACAGAGGCAGGCUCGUGGAAUGGAGAUGGAUUAUGAAGAAAUAAUCCGCCUAUUAGAGGCUGAAAUUACAGAGCUGAAGGCUCAGCUCACUGGUCGUUCUGGCCAAAAUAAAGAUAGUGUUCAAGAUUUAAGAAAGAGAAUUACCGUGCUUGACUGCCAGCUGCGGAAAUCAGAAUCGGCUAGGAAAACCUUUGAAGUGGCCACUGCAAAACUGCUGCAGUUUGUAGAGGUUGUGCACGAAGUACUAGCAGACAACUCCAUUCCCUUGUCAAAUUUAAGUGACCGAAGAGGCACAUUAUCUACCAAAACACUCCUGGCACGACUGGGGAGGAAUGGACGUACUGUCACAGCAACCCUUGCAGCAGAAGCCAAAGAUCUUACUCAAUCUGUCCAUGCCAUUCUGGAAGUAGAUUGCUUACCUUAUGGAUGGGAAGAAGCUUACACAGCAGAUGGAAUCAAGUACUUUAUCAACCAUGUAACACAGACGACAUCAUGGAUCCAUCCAGUGACCAGUGCACUGAACUUGUCCUGCUCCGGAGAGAAUGAGGAAGACCACAUCAGAGAGCUUCCAGAUCCCAAGAGCUGAGACUGGCCAGUGGUGAAGAGUAGUUUCUCUCAUUUCAGCACCUGAAUAAGAAGAUGUACACCUUCCAAUAGUUUAGUGUAAUAGCGCCUGAUCUUGCGCCCACUGACGUCAAUAGGAGCUUUGCCACUGAUUUAGGUAGGAUCAUUUUCAAGGCUGAAGUUCACCCUGGCAAAAUUUCCACUUAAACCCUUAAGAACUUAGGUGGUGCACAGGACCUGGAUAAGUCCUGUGCACAGGGGUCACUCUCAUCCUCGUACCUUAGGAUCCUGACCUUUCACCACGUAUACACUGGUAUAACUUCAUUGGCUGGAAUGGAGUUAAUCCUGCUCCUAGUAUGAGAACAGAAUUGAGCCCAGUGGGUGUAAUUCUCACAGUGGCUUCAAGCUGCUUGUAGAGCCAUAACGUACAAGCUGAGCUUUUUUACCAAUGCUAGUAGUUGUAAUAGAGAUGCCUUUUCUUAAUUACUGAGUUAGCCUGUUUUUAUAGCAGAAACAUUCAGUGUAUUUUGCUAGCAAAAGUUCAUGACAAUUUGUUAUAAGUAUUGCAGCCCAGAUGACUUUUUUACAACUAUUUUAAGAUGAAUGAUUAGGCCUUAGGAAGACAAGGCCUUGAUGAGUUGUCAAGUAUAAAGACACAAUUUUGGUUGAGAAAGCCAUACUCUGUCAGCAUAAUCAUGCAAUGAAAAUGAUUUCACUUUUGUACUUUGCUAAACCUAUAGACACAUGCAAAUAUUUCAGUAGAAACUGUGAAGUUUCAAGUACAAUGAAACCUGUGAAAGUACCUCUGGGAUCAGCAGAAUUCAGUCACCUCCUAGAAGUAGGUCUUUACGUAGAUGCAAAACAAAAUCAUCUGGAGAUCUUGAGGAUGUUUUAAAGAGGUCACGCAAAAUGAGGCGCUGCUGAGGCCCUACAAACAGGUUUCACUGUACAUCAGCAGCAUGUGAUAUUUAAGAUAAUGUUACACUCAGCACAAAAGCUGACUUCUGCUCUGAGUGCCUGAUUCUACAAUAGGUCACUGUAAAGGCUCUUUUCUUUUUUUUAAUCUGUGACGGUGACAGGUAUUGACCAAUGAAUGAAAUAAGGAACACUAGAAGCACUGAUGAAUAUGCCAAAGAAAAACAGAGGUUCAAACCUUCAGGACCGGGCACAGGCUACCGCCUGAAUUCCUUUUGGUAGCAUACAUAGGAGAGUGACGCUCUGAAAAGAUCCAGCUUAGCUCCCCUGGUCAAUUCGAAGCCAGUUCCCCAUCCCUCACACCCUCAGUGAAGAGUCUCUGACAAGUGGUGCACUAGAUUUACAAGCCUUUGUACUAGAGCAAAAGGACCUGACUUGUUUACAGCUCCUAUGCCUGCUGAAACUCUCCCUGCCGCCUUCCCCUCACACUCGGUGCAGAGCCAGGCACAGGGGAGCUCUUAGGCCUUUAACGUUUCAUUUGCUUUACAGAACAAAACUCUGAGGAAGCCUCCUUUCUGAGUCACAGGAUGGCCCUUUAUCGCGCAUACUCCGUGUGUGACGGUGUCACACCCAGGAUAGGCCCUCCCAGGGAAUCUGUGCUGCAGCACAGAGAAGUUAGCUUUGCUCAGUCUGUCCUGGAAGCAGAUGUCAUUCCUAGUGCUGGGCAAUGUCGUACUCACUCGGGAGGCUGGUAGGAGACUUUGUUUUGUUUUUUUAACCGAGUCAGAGCCAAUUAUCCAUGAAUGUGGAGUCCGUGCCACUUCAUGUAGCCGGUAGAGGGAGGACGUUAUGGAAGGAGUUUGACCAGCAGAUCCACUAACACCCUCCAUAUGACAGCAGCCCGGAAAGCUCCCACGCUGCAGCCAUGAUCUACAAUGGCCUCAGAGGGAGGAUUUUGCCCCCAUCCCUCAAACCACCACAAAGAACCACUGAGCAAAACCCAUUAGCAGGGGCUUUGUGUCGAGCUAUAAUGAUGCCGUUCUUCUCUAAACGCCCUUUAAAAACUGGCACAGACUCCUGCUGAAUGCAGGACCUUGUACGGGGGGUUUUCUGAAGUUUCCUUAGUCCUAGGAGUCAUGUAAGUGCUUUGUUUAUUACAGAGCUAAGGUGGGUGAGGUAAUUUCUUUUCUUGGACCAGCUUUUGCUUUCUUUCCAAUGUAUGGGAGUUAUGUGAUGGUAUCUUGUUUGAGAUGGUCCCUUCUGGAGUAUGUGAUGUUUAUUCCAGGAACUUUCCAGCUCUAAUAUGGGAUUUCCAAGAAUUCUGUUUAGUUAGGGCAUAUAUAGGCUGUGCCACUCUGAUUUCUUUGUGAGAGAUUUGAAUCAGAUAGUGGCUACACUAUCCUCCCAGGGCUUGAUUCAGCCAUGGGUUAUGCCAUCUCAAAGUAAAGGUAGGUGAUCACAACUCCACUCUGCCAAUGGCUUCCAGCCAGCCAGCCAACUCUGAAAGUGGGAGAUGGCGGGGGAGAACCCAAGAUAAAAUGUUGGCAUUCUGCCUGCCAUGCUUUCUUGGAAAAUGUUGCUCUUUUAUCUUGACUUGAUAAUUAAAGACUUCUUAGAAACAGAGCAUUGCAUUCAUCUAGUUUCUUCUCUAUUCUAGUGUUGUCUCAUCAGUCAGGUAAGCUACUAUAGCUCAUAUUCUCCAGCACUGAGACUGUUUUGAAACCUGGGAUCUCCAAAUGUUCUCGUCUAUUUUUGUAAGUUGGCAUACUUGUUUCCUAGGUUAUUUUUUUUUCUCUCACUGAAGCAGUUUGCAAAACAAUUUUGAUUACACUGAAUCCUGUAAAGUGGGAAAACGGCUCUGGAAUAACAUAAUGAGACUUUGUAAAGAGCAGUUGUCAAAACAUGCAACUCUGUAAUGGCUGCUUUACAUUUUUACUGCACAAUGAAAUGUACUAAGUGGAAGAGCAAUGGAAGUACAAUUUUGUAGCCGUUAAGAAAACGAAACAAAGGCGCUGCCAGAAAACAGAUACUGGAGCACUAUGUUCAGUUGACACCAUUAUAAAUAGACUUCUGCAGCACUCUGGUAUUUACCUUUACAAUAGUACCUGUAGUACACUGCACCCUUCCAACUGGCAAUACUGCAAGUACCAGUGUUAGCAGCUCAGGUGUUUCAGUGACUGGAAUAAACAGGCAGAUUAGACACAAAGAUAUUCAGGCGCCUAAAUCUCUUACUGACUUCAGUGGGAGUAAGGCAUCUAAAUACUUCUGAGGCUGUGGGUCAAACUGCAGCUGCGAAAUGUCUUCCUUGUAAUGCAGCCCAAUGUAUCACUUAAAAAACAGGGUAGAUCUCUCCCGACACCACACUCACACAGAGAAACUACCCUGAGCAUCUCACUGUAUGUUUAAAUAAGUCACAACAGAUGCUUGUUUCACACCCUCUGACAUACCACACAAAACCAUCAUUAUUUAGUGUGAACCCACCAACACAAGGUGUAUGCACCACUCAGGCCCUCCAGGGCCCAAUUCUGCAGGACUAAAGUCAGUGGGAAUUUUGCUAUAGAUUUCAGAGGGAGCCUUGAGGGCAGAAAUGGGAUUGAAGUGGUGCAUAGCCCUUGUGUUGUCCUCUGCACAGGGCUGAAUUUCACUAUAACAUCUUAAGUAAAGCAGUUUUCAAAGGAUGACCCUGCUCACACUUGGCUUUAGAAAGCCCUUUGUACUAUCCUAAUCUUAUGGAAUGAAUGGCCACUUCUCCUUGUAUUUAAAAAAACACCUAAAGUGAUGUAAAGCUCUGAUGCUCCUUUCAUAAUAAAGAUCUCAGUGAUAAAAAUCA